AUGAGGAUAGGCUGUCUACAGUUUGCCCCUCAAGUGGGCGAUGUUGACAAUAACCUCAACCGAGCCGAUGCCGUCUUGAGCAAAGCCGACCCUGGAGAGCUCGAUCUUCUCGUUCUUCCAGAGCUGUCCUUCUCCGGCUACAAUUUCACGUCGUUGAAUCAUAUUGCGCCUUACCUCGAACACUCAGGCUCUGGCAUCACGUCGUUAUGGGCUCGAACAACUGCCCUCAAGUACAGCUGCAAUCUCGUUGUUGGAUACCCAGAGAAAGUUGACAUCACCGAGGACUGGCCAGCAAGUCCCGAAUACUACAACGCGGCCCUUGUAGUCAACGAGGACGGCGAAACGAUUGCGAACUACAGAAAGUCGUUUCUGUAUUAUACCGACGAAACCUGGGCACUGGAAGGAGAUGAAGGGUUCUACAGAGGAACCAUCCCCGGCUUGGGCCGAACUUCUAUCGGCAUUUGUAUGGACAUUAAUCCUUACAAGUUUGAAGCACCGUGGCACGCGCACGAAUUCGCAUUCCAUGUCAUGGAGUCCUAUUCUAACUUGGUUAUCAUGUCAAUGGCUUGGUUGACCCGCGCAGAUGCACAAGUGUUUACGUCGACCCCGAAUGAACCCGAUAUGGACACCUUGACUUACUGGGUCGCUCGCCUGGAGCCCCUGAUUCGGAGCGAGAAUGACGAUGAGAUCAUUGUGGUGUUCUGCAACAGAACCGGCAUAGAAGACGACGCUGUCUACGCCGGCACUAGUGCUGUUAUUGGUGUCCAACACGGCGAGGUCAAAAUUUACGGGGUUCUCGGACGUGGUGAGAAGAAGCUGUUGGUUGUCGACACGAACCAGGCACCUUAUGCAAAGCUGGUCUAUCGCCCUGAGCCUGAGGAACCUCUUACUGCCCAGGAUGAGAAAACCAACAGCACAGAGCCUCAAGCCUCACCAAACUUACCCGAGACGGCCUCGUCUUCAAGAAGCCAAGCCGGAGACCAAAGUCCUGCAACGCCUUCGGAACCCUCGGUGAAGUCGACAAGUGCUUCCGUCCGCUCCCACUCUUCCAAGGGUUCAACUGAGCGUACUCCAGUUGCAAAGCGUGCGAAGCCACCAAAUAUCCUCACCGGACAAAACAUGCCCAAGUCACCCUUGCGAUCUCCAGGUUACCACGACGUCAACCUCCCAACGCCCACUGCUCCUAGCCCGACACCAUUAGCAACUCGCCCGAAAAUAUCUAUUCCGGUGCGAUCCGCGAAAGCGGCUGAGCUUCCAAACCCGGAGCCCAAAAGUGCCUUAUCCACUUGGUCUUCCCGUUCUGUUCUCUCUGAUGAUUCAGCAACGUCAUACGGAUGGUUGUCUCAAGCCUCACAACUUGCGCAGGGCAAUGAACUCUUGAACAGGUACCUCACGACGCCCCCCAAUGGGCCCAUGUUUGAUGGCCAAGCUUUGAACUCAGAGGCCUGCUUCAGUCCGAUCACCCCAUUCGAUGAGAUGGCUCCGUCUAUGUUCCGGUCUUUCAAACUCCCCCCAGAUAAUGUUGGCGGCAAGCCCAUCCAAGAUGAUAAAAGCGGGAGCGCUGGCUCGGACGUGGCAACCGAUUCCAAGACUCUUCGACAAGAUGAGCAACCUGUCCCAUUGUUCCAUAGAGACGAAAGGCCCGUGAAGCAGAGACGAAGCUCCGCCAGCCUUCGCACAUCAACCACUCAUUCCCCGGCGAGAAGGACCUCUAGUCGCAACUUGAGAUCAAAGUUUAGCCAGCCCGAUUUGAGCGCAGAACGCCGAAGAACAAGGAAUUCAGCAGGCGUGCUGGGCAGCCCGGUUAAAGCUGAGAAAAUAAUCAUUCCUGAAGACGAGCGCGGACUUUCGUCAGCCGGGCCGUCUCUGAAAUCUCGGUCUCGCAUGUCCAAUCGCAUCGAUACGAGUUCGCCGCAGAGCGCAACGUCUCAUUCAUCUUUGCAGCACCUCGACUUUACGCCCCAACGGGAACAGGCUUCCCGUCGAACGCCGUCUCAAUCCGACGUCAAGUCGCCUACCAAAAGUAGUGAAAGUCGACAGAGUCAGCGUAGUGAAGUUCUGCGCUCAAUCAUUGACGUCGAAAACGUUGCCGGGCGCCCUCCAUCCGCCUCUCAGGUCAACGAGCGGCAACGACUGGCGCAACGAACCGGAACUGGUCAGAGCAGUCAUCGGAGAACAAGAUCGACGUCAGAUAGAGGCUUGGACGAACCACGCGGCUCCAACAAGGUCUCAUACACAGCCACGGGUAAUAACCUGGCAGCACGCCAUGGAGUCAUCCGGAACCAACAAUCUGACAUUGGUCUGAGAGAGAAGGCUCGCAUCUUCGGCAAUGACCAACCAAGGCCGCUGAAUGGAAGAGGUGACAGAUCCAUGGCUGAAGCGUUGCUUGGCUUGUCUAACUACAACGCCGGUUCAUCGUCUUCAGCUAGCAAUGGUAAGGCCGGCCAAAGACGUACACCCGACGCAUUUGCGAGCCCUUGGAGUCCGAUCGAGCCGACGACUCCAACAGCUAUGUUGGGACUGCGUGACGAGGCUCGCGUUGUUGGUUGA